AUUGCGCCCGUGUAACAAAGGCAGCAUUGUCAGUCGGUGUAGUUGGUAGCACGCUGUGAGCUUACACGGACAGUUCACUUGGUGCAGUCGAAUAUCGUCUGCUAGACUCGUCUGUGAUCCCAGGGAGACCGUCAUUAUUGUGGCCACACAUGCAGAUGCAACUAAUAGGUCCAUCUAAUAUAUCUAUGCACUGGCCUCAUAGCCGAUCUUCAGUGGCUUGACACGAUCAUAGAAACAAUUAAAGCAUCUGGUAUUAUCUUGGUAUUAUUACACCAAGCUCAAAGACAUGCCUGAAGUGUGGAAAAUCGAGAAAUAUGCCAGGUACCUGACAACUCCAAGUGUAGUGGGAAAAGGACACUGGCAGCAAUACGAUGACAACGACGGUGAUCUUGUAUUGACUCUCACAGAUUCCAGCCACCUCGUCCUGUGUCGGAGCUCAACUGUUAUGGAGAGCCACAGUUUGGUGACAGCCCGGGCCUGGAUGCGGGGAAUGACGAAGAGGGACAGCAUGUUGCUCAUGUAUAAAGUGGCAAAUGAAACCAGACGAUUUCGAAUGAAGUUUUAUGCAAGUGAUGGGAUAACAGCCGAAAAUCAAUGUGCUGCUUGUGCAGAGAGACUGUCCAAAUUCUUCCCUGUUAAGAUGGAUAGUCCAACAACCAAAAGUAUGGAUGUCACAAGCACAAACGAGAAACCGAAGGACGCUGUCAAUCCACAGGUGUCACAGGUUGAGCUCCUUCAAGGGGAGGUCACUCUCGGUAAAAUGGCUCAGGUGGUGUCAGGACAUCUGAGGGCGAGACUGCCUGUAGCAUACCAGCAUUGUGACUUCCCUCCAGAGGAGAUGAAGACCAUGAUCCGACUGUGUCUCACAGACCCUAGCUUUCCGGCAUUCGUACAGCAGGUCGACACACAAUUGCAGAAACUCAUCGCCGACGACAUCUCAAAUGUCACCUGAAUAUAAGAGCAGUUGUUGGUAAAACUUGUCAUUAAAUAAAUUACGAGUUUGGCUGA